UGUUUUAAAGGGGUCCGAAUGUAGCAGCAAUAUUAGCAACCAUUUGUACAAUAUAAUUACGCAAGAAUAAAUAUAAUAAACUUAAUCCUGUAAAACUACAAAGCCAGUUUCAACCGUAUUGUUUGUGAUAAAAUAAAGUUUUUAAACUUUUUAUUAAAAAUAAAAUAUUCCGAAAAUUUGAUCCGAAAAAAAAUGAUUUUUCAAAAUCUGUUUCGGCAAAAGUUGUUUCGACAAAUCUAGUGGCGGGAAAAAGAAAGUAUGGAAUCACUCGGGUGUGACGAGGACAACAAACGCGAAGAAGCGACGUUCGCGAAAAAUAUUGUUACAAUUUAUUAAUUAAUUAAUUGAGUUAGAAUUAUUGAGCAUAAGAUUGCAGAGAAUGCUUCUCAACAGUGAUGUUGCCCGACUCGUUUUAGGUUACUUGGCUGAGGAGAAUUGUUCACAAACUUUCAAUUCAUUCCUUCAUGAAAGUUCGCACCUCACUGAAGUUGCUCCUUAUAUCACAGAAGGUAUUUCAUCGAGUUGCCUCUCUAUACUAACCAUUGGUGGGAAGACACUUUCAACAAUCCUUGAUGAUUAUCAUGCGAUGAAAGAAUGUGAGAGAGAUUGUUUUAAGUCGAAACGUGGGAGAACAAGUGAAGAAAAACAUUUAACGAAGAUGUGGGAUCAAUUAGAAAAAGCUGUGUCUUCGUUUAAGGUUUACCAAGUGGCUUGCUUGGUGGGCAAGGAGGGAAACAAAGGAAAUCAAAGAAGAUCCACCAACAUUGUACAAUGUAGUCCUGAUGAAUACAGUGUACGACCUGUGAGGAAAAGGAAUUUAUUUGCCACCAGUAAGAAAAGACCAACCACCCCUAAACCAGAUGAACCACAACAACAGCCAACAACCAAUGACCAAAACAGACGACGAAAGACUCAAAAAAAGCCGAAACGGUUGACUGAUUCUGAGAGAAGGGACCGUGACCAAUCAACCAAUCAGGAAGAGCAAAGUGCCAAGCUACUUCAUAACAUAACAGACAACUCACAAACUAUGGCAGUUGUUGGGGCAACAAUACUCAACAAUAUGAAGAAAUGUGCACAAACUGAACAAACACAACCUCAAACCUCCAAUUUUACCAUUGACGCUGAUAAAACGCGUUCCAAUCAAGAUUUAAUCGCGCAAAUGUCACUUGAGUCCUUGUUAUUCACUGAUGAUUUAGAACUGGGAGAUGAACUUGAACAAAUGUUGGGUAUGACACAACGAUCAGAGUCGAGAUUAAGCUCGUUGAACUUCGAGAGUGGAAGUAACGCGGAGGAAACAACAAUUAACGUAAACCAACAAACAACAGCAGGGGUUGUUGAAAAUAUGGAUUCAACAAAUUCAACUUAUGUUGAAACAACAGAUACUGUUGAUUUAUUAACAGCCAGUGUUGUUAAACACACACCAGGUAACAAUCAACCAAGAACACAAGAUGGAAUAGUGGAGCCAACAAACAUGGAUGUUACACUUGAUACUGGGACCAAAGAUGGCGGCGAACUGGUGGAUAAGGGGAGUGAAACUGGGAACACUGUGGGUGGGAUGGGUAGUGAUGUCACUAAACGUACUAUGACAUCAUCAUCAAAUGGGAAAGAUGUCAUAAAUGACCUUAUGACAUCAGAGAACAAAAUAAUCGGUAGUGAUUGUUUUGGAGAAAGCGUUAAAACUGCUGAUGAUGUAAUGAAGACAUCGCAAAGUGAUGAUGUCACAGAAUCAAAUGAUGAUGUCACAGCUGGUAAUAAUGAUGUCACAGAUGAAAAUGAUGAUGUCACAGAAGCAAAUGAUGAUGUCACAGAAACAAAUGAUGAUGUCACAGCUGGAAGUAAUGAUGUCACAGCAGGAAGUGAUGAUGUCAUAGAAGAAAAUGAUGAUGUCACAGAAGAAAAUGAUGAUGUCACAGAAGCAAAUGAUGAUGUCACAGCUGGUAAUGAUGAUGCCACAGAAGAAAAUGAUGAUGUCACAGAAGCAAAUGAUGAUGUCACAGCUGGAAGUAAUGAUGUCACAGCAGGAAGUGAUGAUGUCAUAGAAGCAAAUGAUGAUGCCACAGAUGAAAAUGAUGAUGUCACAGAAGUGAAUGAUGAUGUCACAGCUGGAAGUGAUGAUGUCAUAGAAGAAAAUGAUGAUGUCAUAGAAGAAAAUGAUGAUGUCACAGAAGAAAAUGAUGAUGUCACAGAAGAAAAUGAUGAUGUCACAAAGCAAAGUGAUGAUGUUACAGCAAAAAGUGAUGAUGUCACAGGAGAAAAUGAUGAUGCCACAAAAGAAAUUGAUGAUGUCACAGCUGGUAAUGAUGAUGUCAUGGAAGAAAGUGAUGAUGUUACAGCAAGAAGUGAUGAUGUCAUAGAAGAAAAUGAUGAUGUCACAGGAGAAAAUGAUGAUGCCACAAAAGAAAUUGAUGAUGUCACAGCUGGUAAUGAUGAUGUCAUGGAAGAAAGUGAUGAUGUCGCAGCUAGAAGUGAUGAUGUCAUCUCUGUAUAUAAUAAUAGCAUGAAUGUUGAAACAUCUUCUGGGACUUUAUUGACUGAAAAAAAAGAUGAGUUAGGGCUGAGUGCAGAGGAUCUUAGGGAGAGUCCUCAUAAACAGGAUGUUGGGAAGAGUCCUCAUAAACAGGAUGUUGGAAAGAGUCCUCUUAUUCAGAAUGUUGGGAAGAGUCCUAUUAAACUGGAUGUUGAAAAGAGUCCUCUUAAUCAGAAUGUUGAAAAGAGUCCUCUUAAACAGGAUGUUGGGAAGAGUCCUCUUAAACAGGAUGUUGUAAAGAGUCUGCUCAAACAGGAUGUUGUAAAGAGUCCUCUUAAACAGGAUGUUGUAAAGAGUCCUUUUAAACAGGAUGUUGCGAAGAGUCCUUAUAAACUGGAUGUUGCAAAGAGUCCUCUUAAACAGGAUGUUGCGAAGAGUCCUCUUAAACAGGAUGUUGGAAAGAGUCCUCUUAUUCAGAAUGUUGGGAAGAGUCCUAUUGAACUGGAUGUUGAAAAGAGUCCUCUUAAUCAGAAUGUUGAAAAGAGUCCUCUUAAACAGGAUGUUGGGAAGAGUCCUCUUAAACAGGAUGUUGUAAAGAGUCUGCUCAAACAGGAUGUUGUAAAGAGUCCUCUUAAACAGGAUGUUGUAAAGAGUCCUCUUAAACAGGUUGUUGCGAAGAGUCCUCAUAAACUGGAUGUUGCAAAGAGUCCUCUUAAACAGGAUGUUGCGAAGAGUCCUCUUAAACAGGAUGUUGCAAAGAGUCCUCUUAAACUAGAUGUUGCGAAGAGUCCUCUGAAACAGGAUGGUGGGAAGAGUUCUCUUAAACAGGAUGUUGCAAAAAGUCCUCUUAAACUGAAUGUUGGAAAGAGUCCUCUUAAACUGGAUGUUGCAAAGAGUCCUCUUAAACAGGAUGUUGCGAAGAGUCCUCUUAAACAGGAUGUUGCAAAGAGUCCUCUUAAACUAGAUGUUGCGAAGAGUCCUCUGAAACAGGAUGUUGCAAAGAGUCCUCUUAAACAGGAUGUUGCGAAGAGUCCUCUUAAACUGGAUGUUGCAAAAAGUCCUCAGAAACUGGAUGUUGCAAAGAGUCCGCUCAAACAGGAUGUUAUAAAGAGUCCUCCUAAACAGGAUGUUCCGAAGAGUCCUCUUAAACUGGAUGUUGCAAAGAGUCCUCUUUCUCUUAAAUCCAAUACUGGAGGACUAUUUGACCAAAAGACUCCGAUUAAGUCCAGGAGCAACAAUUUAGAGGAUAGUCCCGCUAAAAACACGAGGAGCAGAUCUGGGAGGAAGGAAGACAGGAGUAGGGUCCGGAUGCAGGAAUCAGGGAUGCAGAGGAAGAGUGGAUCACGUGAGAGAAAGUUGUGUGAUCGCAACAUCUUCAAAGCAUCAGCCCAUCUGGAGGUUGAUGGUUGUGAUGGAGGAGAUUCCAAAGUUAGUUCUUUGAUGGAUAUGUUAUGUGAUGAUAAUGAUGAUGGUAUGGAUGUAUUGACUGCUGUUAGUCUACAAAGCACCAAGUCAAUAGAAGCUACCACCACACAACAAUGCAGUCCGCGCAAAUUAACUUUAAGAUACGGUUUGCGCGCCAUUGAAAGCCCAAGUAAGGUUCCACGGUCGCAACAUGCCCCUAUUGUUCAUGAACAUAAACUUCCUGAAGAUAUCUCCACUGUUUCUAUGUCUUUAAUAUUGCAAAGUGAAACUCAACAAGUUGUAAAACAUGGGCAAAGUAAUGGAAUAAGUUUUAAUGAAAUAGAAAAUACAGAUGCCGUGCAGAAAGAGCCCAGCUCCCCAAUUAUUAACAAUGAGGUGAACUUGUACCACCAAACUACUUUGGGCGACGAGAUCCCGACGGUUGACAACGAGGAUACUUUUUAUAAAAACAUUUGUCAGCAAGUUGUUAGCGGGGAUGACUUGACAAGUUUGUUGAACGAAACAUCGGUCACGCAGGUAAUGAAGGAGGUGAAUCAAACAACAAACACAUCAACGCCAGCAACGGAAAGUUUUACAACAAUUUCCGCUAACGAUGGUUUGUUUUUAUUCUUGGAUGAAACGCAAACGAAGGAAUAUUGUGACGCGCCAAGCAAGGCUACGGAUACAUUGAAGGAAUGGUUGAAUAAAACUUCGGACAAAAUCGAACCCGUAAUUCAAGUUUUACCAAAUGUUACAGUGAGACCUCAAUACAAAAACAAAUACAGAAAAUUACUUCCGAAGCCUGCAUCUGGCCAAUCAACUCCUGUCCACACCCCGUCAAAGAAUCACGUCAGGUCUCUUGCUGCAACUUUCAAUCCAAGCAAUUCUUCAGCUUUCUACCAAGUUCAAAAACCUUCUCCAAGUACAAACGACCCAGCACAACCACACUUUAAACCCGAGGAAAUAAACAGCGCUGGUUCUCCCUUACUUCUUCCUUCUGUCCUGGGAUCUUCUGGAAUUCCGGUGAAAAUCUCUUCCAGGUCUGUUGAGAUGAAUACUGGAUCCUCUGGAGGUGUUUGGAAGACUCCUGGGUCUUCUAAAGAUGUUGGGAGGACUCUUGGAUCUUCUAAAGAUGUUGGGAAGACUCUUGGAUCUUCUAAAGAUGCUGGGAAGACUCCUGAAGAUGAUAGGAAGACCGUCAGAGAUUCAAACAACUCAUUUAAGGAAAGGAUCUGCUCGGUUCAACUCGAAGAUUGCAUGAAAGUUGAAUUAUCCGAGUCAGAAACAGACAUUUCUUCUCAGGAUUUACAAAAUCAUCCUGAAAAUCGAGUUGACGAUGUUGGGAAAGAUCCUGCUUUAAACAAAGCAAGACGUUUUGAACUUGAUGAUGAGAAACGUUGGUUGACUUCAACUCCUUCAUUAGUUCAAUUAUUCUCCCCACAACCUCCGUGUAACUCAUUGGGAGGGGUGGUUGAAACACCAAGUAUUCAUAAUGGUGUAAGUGAGAAAUAUAAACAGAAGAAAAGUUUGAGAGUCAAGUUACAGGAAAAAGAUGAGACAGAUCCUCGUAAUUUAUUUUAUAAUCUUGGGAGGAAACUUUGUAGCAGGGUUAUGAAAGAAGUGAUGAUGAAUAUUGAUCGUUACGAUGAGCAGAGAGCGAUGCAGAUGACUACGAAGAACUGGGUUGCAAUGAAAAGAGGGUUCAUGAAGAAAUAUCCUGAAGAAAGUAAGGGACGGGCCGGGAAAAAAAAGAAGAAAAAGAGGAAGAAGGUUUCAAAAAAGAAACUUUUUAAGGAAGUUAUUGUUAACACUGAUGAAGAUGUGUCUUGUGGAAGUAUCUUGGAUCUGCCAAGUGUGGAUGAGGAUUGUUUGGCUGUGGAUCAUGAAGAGGAAUGUUCGGACACUACGUUGAAACAUGAAACUUCGAUAGAUGGUGAAGGGGAUCGGUCACGUAACGGUGGGCACUACCCCAUGAUUGAUGGCUAUGCAAUAGAUGGCAAUCUACCAACACAUAUAGCACCUGAUAGGCAUGCCACCCAUACCGAUGCAUUGAGUCCUCCUAACAUUAACUUUAUAAAAGAUGAAGAAGAUUUUGAGAGGAGCGUGUCGUCAGAUGAACUCCAAAUUGUGGAAGGAACAUCUGAGGAUGAAGUUAUUCUUCCCGCCCCUCCAUCACUGGGAGGAGAGGAGUCCUCCAAUCCUGCGGAGGAUGAGAGGAAGAAAGAGGAAGUUGAUGUGGAGAAUGGGAGGGUUGGGGUCGGUAAGAAAAGGAAGAGAGAUCCGGAUGUUGCUACGAGGAAGAAGAAGAAAAGAAAGAUGUCAAAGAUUGACAAACUUUUAAACAUGUCCGACAGUGAGCUUACCCAGGCUUUGAACCUGGUACAUGGAGGUCAAGUUCAAAGCUCUCCAGGUUUAGCCGCAAGACUUAACCACACACAACCAGUAGAAGAGGUCGUGUUUAAAACGCCUGAUAAAAAUCGCGUCCGAAAAAAUCUCUCAAAAACUAAUUCCUUUAAUGAGGAAAUAAAAUAUCCGAAUAAUAAAGACACUUCAUCUUUAUCUCCCUCCUGUGAAAGUCCGUGUAGCUCCGAGGUAUCCAUGGCGACCCACCAUCACAAGAAGAGGAGGAUCAAUCUAAUAACGAUCCCUAUCACCCCAUCUAAACUCGGGACGUCACCCCUCCACAUGCGAACCCCGUCCCCUAUUAUACGACGAACGAACCAACUCGAUUCCGGCGACUCUAGGAGCAGUUGUGGGGUUUUCCCUGAAGUGAAAAUGAAGGAAGAUGAAACAAAAACAUCCUCGAAAAAGAUUUCUGUCAAAUCACAUGACCAAACCAGCCAAUCAAGCGAAUUGUCACAUGAUCAAACCGACCAAUCAAGCGGUGCUUCAAACACUUCAAAAAUUAAAAAAUCUUCACAUAAAAGGCGAAGGAGCAAGACGAAACCUGUAUCACUGAAGGACUUAGACGUCGCAAAGUUUUUAUCAAAGAUUAAUUAUUCUUAACAUUAUUAUUUUGAAUAAAUUUCUUUUUCUUAAAAUGCUUUUGAAUUUGUCUUUCAAUUUUAAUGAGAAACAUCAUAUUGUGUUUGAUGCUAAGAUAAUUUCAUAUUUAUUCUCAUGAAACUUUAGUGCUGUCGUUGCUAUGUUACAUGAUGCUAAUACAAACUGCUCACUGUUAUACACCACACAAA